AUGAGCGACGACACAGAAACACCGACUACGCUCUCGCGACGCGCAUCCUCAAAAUCUUCCACGCGCAAACACCCCACCGCCGCCCUCGCCCCUCCAGACGCUGCGUCGUCCGCCGAAGCCAUCGCACUCCAACGGCGUGCCCUCGAAGCUUCAGCAACCUAUGGCCGCGGGGCCCCCAUUCGUACACGCAGCGUCAAAGAUAGGAAGCUACGCUCGAACCUGCGGGCGCUAGAAGCCAAAUACCGCAAUGCCUCGCUCAAAGCCAAGGAUGCCGAGAUCCUCAACGAGCACGACUCAGGCUUCAUACAGCCCGAGGGUGAGCUAGAGCGGACAUACAAGGUGCGACAAGAAGAUGUCCGAGAGGCUGUGGGCGUCGAAACAGCGAAGAAAGGCUUUGAGUUGAGGCUUGAAGGCCUAGGGCCGUAUGUGAGCGACUACACGCGGAACGGGAGGGAGUUGCUGCUUGCGGGCAGAAAGGGACAUGUGGCGACGAUGGACUGGAGGGAUGGGAAACUGGGCUGUGAACUGCAUCUCGGGGAGACGGUCAGGGAUGCGAAGUGGCUGCACAACAACCAGUACUUUGCGGUUGCGCAGAAGAAGAGCGUUUACAUUUAUGGGAGAGAUGGCGUGGAGUUGCAUAAUUUGCAGAAGCAUGUCGAAGUCAGGCAUAUGGAGUUCUUGCCGUAUUUCUAUUUGCUAGCUACGGUGGGCAACGCCGGCUAUCUCAAAUACACCGACACCUCAACCGGCGCCACAGUCGCCGAGACCCCCACCCACCUGGGCCAACCAACCUCCAUGACGCAAAACCCCUACAACUCCAUCAUCAACAUCGGGCACCAAAACGGCACCGUAACACUCUGGUCGCCCAACACAACUGAACCCCUCGUCAAGAUCCUUGCGCACCGUGGCCCCGUCCGCGCAAUGGGUAUCGACCGCGAGGGCCGCUACAUGGUCUCCGCGGGUGCCGACAGCCGCAUGGCCGUCUGGGACCUGCGCAUGUACAAGGCUGUGCACAACUACUUCCUGCGGCGGCCCGGGUCUUCGGUCGCGAUCAGCGACAGGGGCUCGGCGGCUGUGGGGUGGGGCACGCAGGUAUCUGUGUGGCGUGGGCUGUUCGAUAAAGCGGCCGCGGAUCAGGAGAAGGCGCAGGCGCCGUAUAUGGCUUGGGGAGGCGAGGGGAGGGCUAUUGAGCGUGUAAGGUGGUGUCCGUUGGAGGACGUGCUGGGCGUGAGCCAUGACCAGGGUUUCUCGAGCUUGCUGGUGCCUGGCGCGGGAGAACCGAACUACGAUGCCCUGGAAGUGAAUCCGUACGAGACGGUCAAGCAGCGCCAGGAAGCGGAAGUCAGAACACUGCUGCACAAGCUGCAGCCGGAGAUGAUCUCGCUGGACCCGAACUUCAUCGGCAACAUCGACCUUGCGAGCCACGAGACGCGGAUGCGGGAGAGGAAUCUAGAUCGCAAGCCGGAGGAUAUAGUCGAGAAGUUGAAGAACAGGGGGCGUGGCAAGAAUAGCGCAUUGAGGAAGCAUCUGAGGAAGAGGGGGCAGAGGAAUGUUGUGGAUGAGACGAGAAUGAGGUUGGAGGCCGCAAAGAAGGCGCAGAAUAGCAGGGAUAUGACCAGCUUGAAGAGGCAGAGGGAGGAAUACGGACCUGCGUUGGCGAGAUUUGCUAGGAAGGCGCCUUGA